AUAUCCUGCGGCUCCGUGCCAAGAGCUUGUUUUGUAUAUCCAAACUGCUGAACAUCAUCGACAAAUGGACUGUGACUGAGCGACUGAUUCCUACGCUGGAGAUGGUACCCUCGCGAGAACCGCAAGUGCUGAUGGCAUUGAUGGGAGUGUACUAUGAGAUGGUCAAGUCAAAGUAG